AUGAUGAAGAUGAUGAAUGUGUUGAGUAGUAAGAAGAAGUGGCUUGGAGUGAUUUUGCAGCUAUGUUUCUUGCUAUGUACUUGUUCUUCUGAGAAGACAUUAAGAGGAGGUUCAAAGAAGGUCAAUGGCCUUGGAACAUCAACAUCUGUAGUUAAGUUGAAUACAGAUGACCAACGACAGUUGGUUGUUGACAAUGGCAUUGUUUCUGUGAAUUUGUCAAGACCUGAGGGGUACAUCAUUCAAAUAUCAUAUAAUGGAAUUGACAACAUUCUUGAAUCUGAAAAUGAAGAAGAAGAUAGAGGAUACUUCGACGUUGUUUGGAAUAAACCAGGAAAAAGUGGUAAUUUCUCGAGAAUCCAUGGAACAAACUUUUCAAUUAUUACAGCUGAUGAGAAUAUGGUGGAGAUUUCAUUUGUAAGAGUAUGGACAUCUUCUAUGAUUGACACAGAUGUUCCUAUAAACAUAGACAAAAGAUACAUUUUUAGAAGUGGUGAUUCUGGAUUUUAUUCGUAUGUGAUAUUCGAUCGACCCGAAGGGAUGCCAGCAGUUGAAGUUGAUCAAAUUAGAUAUGUUUACAAACUCAAUAAAGACAUGUUUAAGUACAUGGCAAUAUCUGAUACAAGGCAAAGAAGCAUGCCAGCAAUGAAAGAUCGACUAACAGGUCAAAUUUUAGCUUAUCCAGAAGCUGUUCUAUUAACUAAACCAAUUGAUCCACAAUUUAGAGGAGAAGUGGAUGAUAAAUAUCAAUACUCGUGUGAAAACACAAAUAACAAUGUUCAUGGAUGGAUUAAUUUUGAUUCGGAUAUACCCGUGGGCUUUUGGUUGAUAACACCAAGUAAUGAGUUUCGUAACGGUGGGCCCAUUAAGCAAGAUCUUACUUCUCAUGUUGGGCCCAUCACUCUUUCGAUGUUUGUGAGUACACACUAUGCUGGAAAGGAAGUAACAAUGGCAUUUGAAGAAGGUGAAACUUAUAAAAAGGUUUUUGGUCCUGUUUUUGUUUAUCUCAACACUGAUUCAAGUCAAAAUGAUAAUUCAACCCUUUGGUCAGAUGCUGUGAAACAGUUAUCCAAACAAGUUCAAAGUUGGCCUUAUGAUUUUGCUAAAUCACAAGAUUAUUUUCCACCCAAUCAAAGAGGAACAGUGUUUGGAAGAUUACUAGUACAAGAUAGGUACUACAAAGGAGGGAGAUUUCAAUAUACUAAUGCUUUUGUUGGUUUAGCUUUGCCUGGAGAAGCAGGAUCAUGGCAGAGAGAAAGUAAAGAUUAUCAAUUUUGGACUCGAGCAAAUGCGAAGGGAUACUUCAAAAUAACUAACAUUGUGCCAGGCAACUAUAGUUUGUAUGGUUGGGUCCCUGGAUUCAUUGGUGAUUAUAAAUCUAAUUCUACAAUCACCAUCACCCCUGGAGGAGUCAUAAACUUGAAUUCACUUGUAUACAAUCCUCCAAGAAAUGGACCAACCAUUUGGGAAAUCGGAUUCCCAGAUCGAUUGGCUUUAGAAUUUCACGUUCCAGACCCUUACCCUACUCUUUUGAACAAAUUAUACUCCGAACAACGCAGAGACAAGUUUAGACAAUAUGGAUUAUGGGAACGUUACAGUGAUAUAUAUUCAAAUGGUGAUCUUGUUUACACUGUGGGUAUUGACAAGAAUAUAGAUUGGUUUUAUGCUCAAGUUACAAGAAUAACAGAAAACAAAACAUAUGAACCAACGACAUGGCAGAUUAUAUUUGAACAUCAAAAUGACAUAAUCAUUGGAAACUAUACAUUACAACUAGCCUUAGCUAGUGCUGCUGAUGCAAACUUAGAGGUUCGUUUCAAUGACGCUAGCGUAGAACCACCUCACUUUGCGACAGGGCGGUUUGGAGGAGACAAUGCCAUAGCAAGACAUGGAAUUCAUGGAUUGUAUUGGUUGUUUAGCAUUGAUGUUCCAAGUUAUCUUCUUGUGAAAGGACAAAAUAUCAUCUAUUUGAAGCAGUCAAGAGCGAUUAAUCCUUUUCAAGGAGUUAUGUAUGAUUAUAUUCGGUUAGAACGACCUCCGAUAACUUGA